GGCGCCGCCGGCCGGCAGGGGCGCUGCCGCAGCGGGGCGGGGAAGCGCGGCGGGGGCGCUGCCAUUCCCGGCUGCGCGGCCGCCUCCUCCCCUCCGCCUCUUCCUGGCCGCGGCCAGAGGAGCUGUGCUGGCAGCGGGGAGGCGGCGGCGGCGGCGCCCAGCUCCCGGCCCGCCAUGGCGAUCCGCAAGAAGAGCAACAAGAACCCGCCGGUGCUGAGCCACGAGUUCAUCGUGCAGAACCAUGCGGACAUCGUGUCCUGCAUGGCCAUGAUCUUCCUGCUGGGGCUCAUGUUCGAGAUUACAGCAAAAGCAGCCGUCAUUUUUGUUACACUUCAGUAUAAUGUUACCAUUCCUGCCACAGAAGAACAAUCUGCAGAAACAAUCUCUCUCUAUUACUAUGGCAUCAAAGACUUGGCUACAAUUUUCUUUUACAUGCUUGUAGCAAUAAUCAUACAUGCUAUAAUUCAAGAGUAUGUACUGGAUAAAAUUAACAGGAAAAUGCACUUUUCAAAAACAAAGCAUAGCAAGUUCAAUGAGUCUGGGCAGCUUAGUGCAUUCUACCUUUUCUCCUGUGUUUGGGGAACGAGUAUUCUUGUCUCUGAGAACUAUAUAUCAGAUCCAACCUCUCUGUGGAGGGACUAUCCGCACACUCUGAUUCCGUUUCAAAUGAAGUUUUUCUACAUCUUACAGUUGGCAUACUGGUUUCAUGCUUUUCCAGAACUGUACUUUCAGAAAACUAAAAAAGAAGAUAUUUUUCGCCAGAUUGUCUACAUUGGACUUUACCUCUUUCAUAUUGCUGGAGCCUAUCUCCUGAAUCUGACCCAUCUUGGACUUGUUCUUCUGGUAUUGCAUUACUUCGUUGAAUUUCUUUUCCACAUAUCCCGUCUUUUCUACUUCAGUGAUGAAAAAUACCAGAAAGGAUUUUCACUGUGGGCAGUUCUUUUUGUUUUGGGAAGGCUUCUCACCUUGAUUCUCUCAGUCCUCACUUUUGGCUUUGGACUGGCAAGAGCAGAAGAUCAGCAGCUGAAUUUCAGUACUGGGAACUUUAAUAUCCUGGCUGUUAGAAUCAGUGUGCUGGCCUCCAUCUGCAUGACUCAAGCAUUUAUGAUGUGGAAGUUCAUUAAUUUCCAGCUUCGGAGGUGGAGAGAGCAUUCUUCUCAGCCUCAGUCAGUGAAAAAGAAGUUUGUAUCAGCUAAAGGAAAGACCUCCAGAAAAGAAAGAGAAAAUGGAAUAAAUGGAACAGUGACCUCAAACGGAGCAGACUCGCCUCGCAGCAGGAAGGAUAAAUCCUCGUAAAACUGGGUUUUAUUAAGUUAAUUGACUAAUGUCCCCAAAGAAUCUGCUUUUUACAUGGAUGGCCCUUCAGCACUAGAGUUAUUAUGGAUUAAAGAAAAUACAAUUCAUGUUUUUUGAUUAUUGCUGUUGUUUUGAGAAACUUUUUUUAAAAAACCAUUUUGACUAAGGAAAAAGGUUUAUCUCUCUUCAAAUACUUGGGGGGAGGAUUCAACACUUUUUAAAAAACAUUGACGCUUUUUUAAAUAUUUACUGUGAUGAAAUAACUUAAUGAGGAUCACUGUUGCAGUGUAUUAUUUCCUUCCAGUUUUUGUAAUCUUGGUGAUACUGUUCUACCAACUUCACUUUUUCCAAGUUCCUCAAGAAGUAUUGCAAAAUUGAAGCAAAAACAUAGUAUGCAUUUUCAGAUACUCUGGGUUUUCAGUUAAUUACCUUGACUCAAAUUUACAUUUCAAUUUGGGAUUCCAAGACCACACGAAUAGACCUCUUUAUUUGGUAGUUACUAGCUGCACGAUGUCUGCUCUAAGAAUUGCCCCAUAUAAUUAAAACAAAACUGAACUAAUUGGAAAUGUUGCAGAGUCUUAUUGUUUGUUGAUUAGAAAUCUCUUACGAGGAGCACAACACUUUUUUGAGAUACAGUUUUUAGCACCUGAAAAUUAGAAGGGAGGUUUCUAUGGGCAUAGAAACAGUUGGUUUGAUUAGCACUGUCCACUUCUGUCUGUGAUUUUGAAGUGUACGUAUCUUGGAGAAUUAGUGCGUGUUGGACCUUCUUGGAAAACCUGUCUGUCUGAUUUUGUGGGUGGAGGUUGUUACAAUGUGUUGUGUUUGUUUUGGGAGGCAAUUAAUGCUCUGUGAAGAGGGGAUUAGAUAAAUGGAUCAAGUGAUGAGAAACAUUCCUUUAUUCUAACUGCUUUGCUUUGUUUCACCUCUGUUAGGAAAUAGUUUGAUUUCUCCUAUAUAUAUUUUUAUGAAAAAAUAUUUAAAAGCUACAGCUUCUUAAAACUGAUUUAUUGUGACCUCUGCUACAACUGGAAAAAUCUAAAUUGAAGAAUUUUUCCAUUAUCUUUCAUAAUUGUAUUCAAUGUGAAACUUUGUCCAGUUAGUUUUCCAGUUUAAUAUGCAGAUGAUGUUUCCUCUGUACACUUUUGUAAUAGGUAUAAUUCAACCUGUUUCACUUGAGAAGGAGUGAGACAGUUAUUGCAGUCUUAAGAAGAAGUUGCUGAAUUAGUCUAUCAAGUUAACCCAAGUAUUGAACUGCUUAUUGAUUAAGGAGCAAUUAUGAGCAAUCAAGCUGAUAAAUAAAAUAAUUUUAAUUAAAAACUGUUACUAUAAUUGAGUUUAUACCAAACAAAAUUAUAAAUCUGCAUUCUGUAUUUUCUAGAGUUCAAUUUUGCUUACUAUUCAGAAUAAAGGUUUCUAGUACAAAAUCCUCACUACAAGUAACUAUCCAUUCUUCAGUUGUUAAGUGCUAUUUAGAGUUAUUACAGUAUCAUUUAUUAAGUCUUUCAUCUGGUUACAGUCACAGUUCUCAAGUAAUUGGUUCACAGCUCCUGAAGUGGACUUGGCAGACUUACACUUGCUUAGCUUGAGAACUCUGUGCCCUCUAAUAUGCCCAGUCUGCUUCAGUAGAAGUAGGUAUCCCAUGUCUCAAUUGGAAGGGGUAGAGCUGCGAAUGUCCAAUCUGGCCACGAAACUGGAAAACUGGAACUCGGAAAUUUUGAGAAUCAUGUACAUUAUAUACUUCUUGUUCAAAAUCAUGUUUUGUGUCUGAUGUUUCUAGGAAAACCUUCACAGAUUCUGUGUGCCUUGCUCUCAACUUGUACCUUAAACCAAAGAGGGUAAAUUUUAAGUGUCUAGUCUGGUGCUUGGACUCUAAAUCAGUUUGCUUGUGAUAUCUGGUUGUACUGGGGCUGAAAGAAUCAUAAAGGGUGGAGAAACAAAUUAUGAAGUAAGCAUUUAAGGUACCUCUUGAGAUCUUCAAGACUUAUAGGAGUCUGAGGGUUGUAAUAGCUGUUUCCCUAAGGCAAACUAUUUAUUGUAAACCUCAUUCUUUGGCACAGUAGUCUUGAAAUGUAGACUUCAGGUUAAUUUCCAAAAACUUCAGAAGAAUAUAUUCUUGACUGUUAAUACUGACAUUGCUUUUUGUCUCCUUUUGGCCUUAUGGACAGACAUUCUUGUCCUUUGGACAUUUACAAAAGCACUUUUGUUUCCACAAUGGCUUAAUAUUCAUCAAUGCCUUAUAGGAGUUGUUGGCAUCUGCAAAGUAAUGGAAAGUAACAACAAUUGUUCUAGAAUUUGGUUGAAAUAUUGGAAGCCAGUAUUUUCUGUCUCUUCUCUCAUAACUAAAAAUACAUAUUUAUCAUGUUUGAUGAGGCAAGACCAGUAAUUUUUAAUUAUCUGCCUUGGGAUGGAAACACUUAUAAACUUAGAGGAUAUUGAGACUUCUAUUUUGAUAUUAUUUGUUUUAGUGUAAGAGUAUUGUUUGGCUGGAUAGCUUCUUCUGAAUUGCUUAAAAUUGAUUUUCAAAUGUUAUUGCAUUUUUGGCUCUUUGCUUGUAAUCUGGGAUUCAGUAAGAUGGAAGGAGAUUAGUUGCCUAAUCAUGUUUUCUUAAUUAUGGCAUCAAGAAAAUUAGAAAUGGAAAUGACUGAGUUCAUUAUAUCCUAUGCCAAAUAAAAUAGGCAGUAGUUAAUUUAUCCUCAUCAAUUAGCAGGUCCCACAAAGAGAAAGCUUUGUCCAUUUAGAUGGAUUUGGAUUGAAUAAUUACACAGACAGUGGAUAGGGUUUGUUUGGUUGGGUUUUUUUUUUCUCUUAAACCUCUUUCUCUUUGCCCCAUCUUGUCAAAACUCUUGACAAUAAAAAAAAAAAAAAA